CACCGCUCAGGAAUACGCUCUUCAAAAGUGGGAAAGGCCCAUUCUACAAUGAUGAAUGCUGAUAUGGAUGCUGUUGAGGCUGAGAAUCAGGUGGAAUUAGAAGAGAAAACGCGGCUUAUUAAUCAAGUUUUGGAACUGCAGCACACACUUGAAGAUCUCUCAGCACGAGUAGAUGCUGUUAAGGAAGAAAACUUGAAACUGAAAUCAGAAAACCAAGUUCUUGGACAGUAUAUAGAAAAUCUGAUGUCAGCAUCUAGUGUUUUCCAAACUACUGACACAAAAAGCAAAAGGAAGUAAGGGUUGACUCACAGAUGAUGUCAUUGUAUUGCUGCUGUCUUUUUUUGUUUAAUUGGCAUAGGCAACAUGAGCUAAAAUACCUUAGAUUGUGGCUUUGCUGGAUACUCGAAGAUUAUAAACUUUGGUGAUAAACAGAAUUAAGAACAUUAUCAUGAACAGGAGACGUAAGUUUGUGUAUUGUUAAGAUUAAGCAGUGUGUAAGUGUAGUGUAGAGACUUACUAAAUUUUAAUGUUUAUUUUAAAAGUGAGCUGAGCUUGUUAAAAAUCGGUUUCAGUUUGUCAGGUUAAACAAAUGACUGUUGGCUCUCUUUGAGGUCUUAGGGUAGUGUUCUUGACUAGCAAAAUAAUAGUUAUAAUAUUGUGUUGAAAACUUAUUUGAUAAAAAUAUUCAAAGUCUAAUUGCAUCACCUUU